UCUAUAUAAUACAAUUUGUUGUGCAUUACAAAUAAAUACAUAUAAAUGAAUAUGUCUCUUUUUUCUGUUUUGCGACUGUCUCUGACGAGAACAAAUUUUGUUAUUUCAGCACAAUAUGCGACAUUGCCAAAAGCUGUUGGAGGAGCAAAAACGAAGAAGCAAAUGAGUAAAUCCGAAAAGAUACAAAUACCAGUUGAAAAAGAUGUUAACAAAUUGUUAACUUAUGUGUGUGGAUUAAAUUAUUAUAAGGAAGGGGAAGAAGUUCAAUUGAAGCCUGAUGAUCAAUAUCCAGAAUGGUUAUGGAACAUUAGAACUGAACCAGUAACAUUGGAAGAUUUAGAUCCAAAUACAAAACAAUAUUGGAGAUAUUUACGUAAAGAAGGAAUUAGAAAGAAGAAUAAAAUGAUAAAGCAUCGUAAAUUAUAAAA